AUGAUUCCUUCGAUAUCAUCAAAGCACAUUUUUUCAAAGUAUUUAUUUAAACCAUCAUCGCCGUCAUCUUUUCCAUCUUUAUUACUAUCACCAUUAUUAUCAAUCAAAACAACAAACAAUUUAUUCAAAAUCCAACUUAAUCAUUACUCUAGCAAAAAAAAGCUAAAAAGAGAACCAAUUAAAUCGAGACCAGAAUUAUUCACACAACAAAUUGUUUUAUCAAAUGGAGCUACUUUUACAAUGCGGACAACAUCGCCUAAACCAUUAAUCAAAUUAAUACGAGAUACUCGUAAUCAUCCAUUGUGGAACCCUGAAACAUUUUCAGGUCAUUUGAGUGAUGAAAGUGGACAAUUGUCUAAAUUUAAGAAAAAAUUUGGUGAAGAAAUUUACGAUUUAGAUUUUGUUCAAUCAGAAGGAGCGACAAGGACAUCAAGAAGUAGAAGUCGACCAAGGAGUCGACCUCCACGCUCCAUAUCACGCUCAAGAAGUCGUCAUUCUUAUUCAUCAUAUUCUUCACGUAGUGGUUCCUCUUCUAGUAGUACAGAAAAGAGAUCACCAGUACCAGCAGCACCAACAGCAUCAACAACAAGAGGCCGUAACUCCAUUAGAUCACCACCGCCAGCUUCUUCUUCGCGUCAUCACAAUUACACCUCUUCUUCGCGUAGACAACGACGUUCCUCUUUAUCGCCCAUACUUCCUACAAAAAUUAUGGUUAAUAAAUUAACAAAAAAUGUUAAGGAAGCUCAUUUACAAGAAAUAUUUGGUGCAUUUGGUAGGAUUAAUCGAAUAGAAGUAUUGAUUGAUGAAAAAUGUAUGUGA